ACUCAAUGCUACUAUCAAGGAAAUAUUGAAGGAUAUCCGAAUUCUGUUGUCACACUCAGCAUGUGUCCUGGACUGAGGAAGAGAAAAGUCAUCGAAAUUAUUGGCCUUGUAAAUUCAAUGUUCACCCAAUUUAAAGUUACUGUUGUGCUGUCAUCACUGGAGUUCUGGUCAGAUAAAAAUAAAAUUUCUACAGUUGGUGAGGCAGAUGAAUUAUUAUAUAGAUUUUUAAAAUGGAAACAGUCUUAUCUCACCCUAAGGCCUCAUGAUAUUGCAUAUCUAUUUAUGAAAUCCAGUGGUGUGAAGAGAUUCAGCAGUUGCAGUUUGAGUGACUUUAAACAUUUCACUUCAAACGUGGGUAGCAGAUGUCUUCAAAAUAAGCCACCAAUGCAAUGGCAGCGGCAAGCAGUCUGUGGCAAUAACAAAGUGGAGGAAAAUGAAGUCUGCGAUUGUGGUACUGCAGAACAAUGUGGACCUGAUAGCUGUUGUGAUCCUGAAAAUUGUGUGCUGAAACAAGGAGCACAAUGUCAUGAAGGAUCAUGUUGCAAGAACUGUCAAGUAAGAUUUAAGUUUAUUAACGUCUUCCAAGUAUAUAACAAGUCAUAUUCAGGGUACUUUGGAACACUUAGACCUACAGCUGUAAGUCGAAAUAUAAUGAUUCUGCAGAUAAACAAAAAGCUGACCAGAGGCAGGAAUGCAAUGGUACCAGGUGACCUGAACUUGUCUGGCGAGGAAAGUCACUGGGCUGUCAGCUAUUGGUCAGUGCCAAAUCCCCAGGUACUGGCGCUUGUCGCAGAAGGGGCGUGGCUCUUUAUGUCUCUCUGCUGCAAGCUCGGAGGCUGCGCAGAAGGCGCUGGCCAGGGGCACGGGGCGCUCCACCAGACUGCCCAACACCCCAGCGCUUUCAGCUUCCACAGGCGUCCUCCCCCCACAGGCAAGGAGGCACUCAAAAUUCAGAGGAGGCACUCAGCAUUCACCACUCUAAGAAAUGGGCCCAGCCAAGUGACCCCAGGUCCCGGAAGGGCAGAGCUCGCUGUGAGAGUUCCCAGGCUAGGGGAAGGGAGCCGUUCCGCACUUGCGACCUGCCGUGGGCCCCGAGCUGGCGCUCGCCGGCCCCCAGUGUGCUGGCUCCAGAGGGAGGCGCUCUGGGGCUGCCAGGCAGAGCUUGAGUCACCAGCUGGGAAAGACUGUCCACAGUUUUGGGAGAAAAAGUGGUUUCUCGCAUUACUCUCCUCCUCGAAGGGCGUGACCAGCUUUGCCACCGAGGCAACGGUGAUGACUCAGACCAUUGCCUGGGCAACAAGCCCUGGUAUCUUUAGGCUUUGGACUCCCAAAAUGGUGGCUGCCCGCCCACUGAGAGUCAGCGCUGGAGAUAACUGCACCGGGCAGUAUGCUUUUGUAAGAGGUACUGUAUGUGUAUCUAUAGACCACCCAUUGGAUCUGGCAGAUUCAGAUCCCAUGAUUGUGAAAGAUGGCACUGCUUGUGAUACUGGAAGGCGGGAGUGCCAGGUUCUGCCCAACUGUCCAAGCUGCCAUCAGGUGAUCUUGCAAAAUGCCACUGAGGUGGUUCCGCUCUCAGUUGUGGGCUCAGGCAGCAAUGUGCUCCCACCACAUAGAAACAGGCUUCUCAGCACCGAGCCUUCUCAGGGUUUAAUCAUGGAAAGAGCUUCAAGGAAUACUAACAAAACCUGGCUUCUAGGUUUCUACAUUUUUCUUCCUGUUCUCAUUGUAACAACCACGGUAGCUUUGGCAUGGAAUCUUUUGAAAAGGUGGUUCACCAAGGAAGAGGAAUCCCUAAGUAGCAAGUAA